AUAACAAAUCUCUAUUGGUCAGGUUAAAGUGAAAGUGUCCUGACUUGUGCUAAGCUGUUUCCUGCCUGUGCCGGAAACAUACCAUCGCUCCCCUUUUUGACCCCAUUUUAAACACUGAGUGCAUUUAUUACUGUAGCAAGCUCUGGAGCAGGGUGGCUAGUCGGUUUUUAACCAGGCAAAAAACAUAGCAGUUCACUACUUCAAUAUAAAAAGACUCACAAGGGAGAUAAGACAUGGCCUUUUACUUGCACUGAUGUUGGAUGCAAUAUCUGCAACUGCUAUUGGGUGCUGUAUAGCCCAACUUUAGGGUGCCUGUAUGCAUGAAUUGUGCUUGACUUAUAUGACAAGGAAAUUGAAAAUCAAUGAGAGGGUCCCUCUCUCUGACCUUGUCCCCCAUUUUGGUGCUCCUCUGAAAACUGCUCCUCUACUUUGGACUGCUUACCAGCGAUCCAGGAUGGUUUAUGGCUUUGUUAUUCACACUGUGGGCGCGACUUUGGAUGAAACUCCAAAUUCUAGCAGAGUGCUGUAUUCUAAAGUUUUCAACUAUGAUAUGCUCGAUCAGAAGCAGAACUCAGAUGAACAGUACUUGCACAACGAGAGGAUAAAACGUAAACAACGUAUAGCCAUAGUCGCAAGACAAGCAGAGUCAAUGUGCCUUCUCAGCCGUCAGGCAUCUGGACGGCCAGCCAGCGACUUUAUUGUCCAUCCAACAGAUGAGCCCAUAUAUCUAUUGGAGGAGGAUGUUGGAGUCUUUAGCCUUCCUCCAGGAGAUGUAUUCACCAGUGAGAAGAUUGUCCUAUGGGUCUCUGUGUUUUCUCUUGGAUUUUCUCUAAUUUGCGAUUCACAGGAGAACCUCACUUUGGCUGAAUGCACUUUGAGGACAGUUGUAAAAUACCUUGUAGAUUCUUUGAAGUUGUUGACAAACAGUAGCAAUGUUGUACUAAAAGCAGAUAAAAUUGAAAUGAGCCUCGACAAAUUCAUGCCACACGGACAAUUGCUGUUCCUUAAUCAUCAGGCUACGCAGGCUUUAGAAAAGGAACUCAGCAACAGUAUGCCACUGUAGUACACUGCUGCUCUAGGGUUUUGCUGUAAAUUUUAAUUACAGCAUCUCCUUUUGCUGAGUUGUUGUAAAUUGUGAAUUGACAACUGCUGUUAGAGAUCCAUGCAGUAAUGGAAUGUGGUGACUAACCAAAGCUAUAACAAAUCUCUAGUGUUUGUGUAAAUAUUGUUAAUUUUCAGUACUGCUAAGAAAAAAGAGACUGUUUACAAAAAUGCCAUAACAUUUUUUUACUUUCAGCUAGACUUUGCAUUGGCACAUUUUUACCUGUAACUGAAUAAAUUGCUGUGAGGAAGAAGAGA